GGGCUUCUCGAGGCAAACUUGAGGCUCCUUCCGUCUUUUGCACAUGCAUUGAAGGGCGACCGAAUUGUCAAGAUCGUUGAGCGCUCAAGUUGCGAGUCCGCCCUCCUCUCAGCCUAAGGAUUCGUCCUCGUCCCGAACUCACUCUUCCACGGAAUGAGUAAUCGUGCCCCGUCUUCUUGGUGGCGAAUGGUGGAGAUACUUGGUGCGGGAGAUCGAUGUUCAAGCACUUCAUAGAAGUGCGGCCAUGUGUUGUUGCCCUGAGAACGAAUAAGUGGACGACUGCUAUUAUUGUUGCACGGUCAGGACGACAUUGCCGUGAUUAUUAUGUUGCAGCUGUGAAUUGGAUGUGCAAAUGGACGUGAAUUCUUGUCAAAAACUGUGAUACCAUGAAUGCAAUACCAGUGAGGAGCAAAUCAUAAUCCAAGAAAUCUCGGUGCUACAAAAAAUAUAAGAGACCUCCUCCAUUCGAACAAAUUGCUUCCAUCCAUACAUCCCUCCAUCCAUCCCUCAAUUCUCUUUUCACUCAGUACUCCAUGGCCAUGAUGAAGCCCAACGAGACCCGCUUCGCCAGUCCGGGAUCCUCCUCGUCCCUGUCAGAUAUGGCUUUGGAGGCUCAAAAUAGCCCUCGAGCCGUGAUAAGGACUCAACAACAGGGCACAUCAUCGUCUUCGAGGCGAGGAUCUCCCCGCUCUUCCACCCGUACUUCCUCGAGGCCCAAUAGUAUUGUGGGUGGGAGAGCAGCAGUAACCGCCCCAGUGGUGCCUUGUAGCAGUGCGGGUCGAACCCCGCAAACGAGACGGAAGGAGCUCACUGUGAAUAAUCAUUUGACUAGUUCAAACAAUUCACCCACGGGGUCCCCUCGAAAUGGUCCGCGUGUGUCGUCCGGAUCGUCCAGUGCAGUGAAACGGGCUCGACCCAACAAUAGCUCCCUGAAUGCGGGCAAUAGUUGUGUUAAUAGUUCUGGUAACAACAGCAGCCACAAUGCCAAUAACAUUAAUAACAACAACGGCAGCAACAACAACAAUCACAACAGUAGUGGUAGUAGCAACAACAACAUCAACAAUAUGAAUAAUAGUAGCAGUAGUAAUAAUAUCAAUAAUAAUAAUAAUAAUAAUAAUAAUAAUAUUAAUAACAGUCAAGUCAUCAGCAACAACAAUAUCAAUAAGAAUGGUGCUAAGAAGACCGUGAAACCAAAGAGACCCUCAUUACAUGGGAUUGGAGGCCCCGGAUCGGCUGAAGACCGGUGGAAAACCACAUCGUCGCCCUUCGAGCCCGAAUGUGAGGUCCGCAAUGCCAAGUUCAAAGAGCUGUGGGAUGUGAAAACCAUCGAGCAGGGUAUGAUCCGAGUGCCCACCAAAUUCCUUCAGGAUCUGAUCCAUAAUGAGAGCAUUGAAAAGUAUUUCGAUAUCGAGGAGAAGCCAGUAGCCAGUGGAUUGUUUGCCACCGUGCGGAAAUGUACUCACCGGGAAACGGGCAUUCAAUACGCGGCCAAAUUCUCAUCGCGUAUACGAUGUGGCGUGGAUUGUUCCAUGGAGGUUCUGCACGAAAUCGCAAUGCUUUAUAUUUGCAACGAAUCCAACAAGAUCGUGCAUCUCAAGGACGUGUUUCAAAACCGAUAUGAAAUCAUCCUGGUGCUGGAAUACGCCCCUGGUGGCGACUUUCAGUCCGUUUUGGAUGAGGACAUGGUGCCAUUUGAGGAGGAUGUCCAAGGGUUUUUAAAGCAAAUUAUUGAAGCGCUCAAAUUCAUUCAUGACAAAGACAUUGCUCACCUGGACAUCAAGCCCCAAAACAUCGUGCUCAUGGGACAGUUUCCCAAUUGUGAAAUCAAGCUUUGUGAUUUGGAAGUGGCUCGAGUUAUUCAAAAAGGUGAAAGCAUUCGAGAGAUCAUUGGAACCCCUGAUUAUGUUGCCCCGGAAAUUCUUAGCCUGGACUCGAUCACUCUUGCCGCCGACAUUUGGAGUUUGGGUGUACUCGCCUAUGUUCUACUCACUGGGUUUUCACCAUUCGGUGGGGACUCAGAUCAAGAGACCUUGAGGAACAUCUCCAAUGCUCAGUUAGAUUUUCCAUCCGAGUUGUUUGAAGGGGUCUCCGACCAAGCCAAGGACUUCAUUUCCCAGUGUCUCAAGCGGAAGCCCAGUGAGCGACCCACCAUCAAGGAAUGUCUUCAACACCAAUGGCUGGUGGAAGAUGAGGAACCACCUUCACCCAGCCCGCUCAUGCUGAAGAUUCCCACCCCGGACACAUUCAAAACUCACCACCCAUCCCAUUCGACCUCACCCCAAGGGUCUACUCACCACCUGAACUCCCAUGCGACAACUGGAGCAUCCCGAAGGUCAUGUCAGACUUGCCGUGACAGGGUGACCGAGCGAAAGCGGUAUCUCUCCAAAUCGAGGGAAGCCAUCUUCGAGAAAGUGGCCCAAAGCAAUCUCAAGAAGAGUCUGUCCAAGUCCAGAGAACGGCUCUGUGACAUGAGACUGACCUUGUCCAAAUCCAGGGAGUACCUUAGCGACAAGGCGCAGGACCAGAAAUCCAUUUCCAAGUCCCAAGAGAAACUGCCCAACUUCAAGAGCCUGUCCAAGUCGCAGGAAGUGAUCAGCAAUGCUUUGGGCGGAGCCAUGAAACGGAUGAGCAAUGGAGCUGGGGCUGUGUCAGAUAUCUCUCAAGCAUUGCUGUCCAUGGACUCAGGUAAUGGAUUGGAUUUGCUCCUUCUUCCCGGAAAUCAAAUAUUGUCUAAAAACAAUGGGUCGUUGCAACUUUUGCCCUUCACGGAACAAAUGCUAGCCAAGACCGAUCUUGAGACCAGAACAGAAUGCCCAGUCGAGCCGAUUAUUAUUGUGAAUGAACCCAUUCUUGAGGUUCACGAGGAGGAAGAGGACGAAGAAGAGAAAGAGGAAGAAGAACCAGAGGACGUCAAAAAAGAAGACACCGAAGAGCCGAAGGAAGACAACAAGAAAGAAGAGGGCGAUGAAAGGAAGGAAAUAUCACAGAACGAACAAUCUUCCACUGAAACAGGUCAUGAGACGAGUACCAUUGGAAAGGACGAGCAAGGAUCUAAAGAUUCCAUGGUCUUCAAAGAAGGCAUCGUCUCAAGCGAAAAUAGUACGCCCUCUCCAACUCCUGGAGAUGGGGCCAAAUCUGUGAAGAAUGAAUCGGCCAGAACCAACUCAAUUGGUGUUCAAGUGAACAUUGCUCCCAACGAAACACUGGAUCCUCAUGCUGUGACACGGCGAGCAGGAUUUAAUCAUUCCUCCACAUUAGGAGCCCGACGAGCCAAGGCCCAACCGUGGAGAAAUGAGUUGGGGAAGAUCAAGUUGCACAAAAAAGUGUCGGAAUUGAUUGGAACUUUCGACCGAUCAGAAAACAACGUGGACACUCUAGAAGAGCUCAAACUCAAAAGGAGAGGAUCGCUUCAAAUUGAAGGGGAUAUCAAUAUAACCGGACACGAAGUGGCCGAUAUCCUCGCAGCAGAACGAAAAUUGAAACUUCAGCGUCGCAAAUCCACCUCGGCCAUUCUGAACGCGCCCAUCAGCGAUAUGACCAUACUCAACUUAAAUGACAUCCUUUUAGAUGGUCCAAAGGAGACUGUUACUGACAAAGAUGCCAAGGAUGUCAAAAAAACUGAAGAGGACGUACCGAAAAAAGAUAGCACUUUAAACCCAACACAAACUGGUGGCACACCCGCCAACGUUCCUCAGACCACUUCGACGCCGCUUGGAACAAAGGCCAAAAAUUGGGAUUAUUUUGAAAUUGACCAUCCAAAAGCCAUUUCUGAAAAGAAGUUGCAACAACUGAAGGCCAAGUAUCUCCGACGAAAAACCGAGGCUUCGAUGUCGAACAGCAGGACCACAAGCACCAUCAAGGAGGAAGAUGAGAAAAAUGCAGCCGGACCCGAGCAAAAACGGCCUUCGGAACAUCGGAAAGUCCGUCCUCCACCACCACCACCACCACCACCAGAGGUCAGACUUGAAGCUAAGCCCCCGCCAACGAGGAGCAACUCUGUACCAAUAGUUCAAGGCAUCAAUAUUCAAAGCGUGAAAAGUGAGGGCCUUCAACUGUCAAUCGAUCCACUCACCAGCCAAUGCAUGGACAAAGAGCAGGAAACGCCCCAAUCCAUUUUCCUCUCUGUGGUGACGCGUAAAACCAGCUCGGAUUCCAACUUGGAUGUCGCCGAGGCGAUGAGCCGGAAAUCCAGUUCGGGGUCCAUUCGUCGGAAAACCUCGAACUUGGAGAAUAUUGAAGAGCACGCCAUUCCUGACAAUCACGUGCUUCAAGUGAGUAUUGAUCCGUUCACGGGUAGAUUUGAGACCUGCGAAAUAGAGAAGAGACCUGGUAAACCCCAAGUGAGUGUGAAACUGGCCAAAUCCACCACAGAAGACGAUGGUUUCGGGAGCUUGCCCCACAGCCCCAUUGAGCAGAAGUUGGAGCAAUCCCUCGGUGAAAGUUUGACUCAAAGUCGCCUGGAUGAUGAUGGCGUCUUCACCAGUUCCGAAGAGGUCCUCAAUGCCAUCCAAAGGGACGAAAUGACGGAUUCUCUGCCCACAACGUCGUCCCAACCAUCCGGCAGUACGGAUUCCCUAAGUGGGUUGUUCUUCCACCAGAGGCUGGAGAAGGUCCAAUUUCACAACGACAACGAUGAUGACGAUGACAGCGACACUACAAACCCGCCCCACGAUCCGAAUAACACUGACCAGCAUCAUAAUCAAUAAACAUAACAAA